CUACUAAUUGAAAUUAAUUAUUAUUUUUAAAACUACACUUUUUAAAUUGUUUGUUUUGGGCAAUUGACUAACAUAUUCCACCUACCUUACCAGGCAAACAUACCAAAAGUUGACCGACCUAUUGACGAAUACUUUCCAAGCUACCACCCGACCGGUGUACCGAGAGACAACCCCAAAAAAAUAAAAACAACCAACCCGAAGCCAAACAAAGCCGCACGGCCAAUCUUUUACUUUUUUUUUUUUUUACCCUAUUUUCCCUUUUGACACAUUUUUUUAUAUUUUUUAUUUCCCUAGGCAGGAAGUAGUAAUUAACAAUUUCUACGCUUGUUCUUCGGCCCUCAUCUUCCAACUUUAAUCCGCCCGGUGGCCGCGCACCAGACUCGAUACAGCAGGCGCCCCAACCAGGUUUCUGCGACAGAAUUACAGCCUACUACAACCCAGAGCCUCUCCGCUCAACGCCAGAUCAAGUAUAGGUCGUCGGCACCACGACCAAAACAGUAUCUCCACCAUUUUUGCCUUUUUCGUUCGUGAUACAAUCGUCGUACCUCGAUAAAAAUGGCCGACAUCACAGACCAACACGAUCAAACUUCUCCCACCGAACUCGACGAUUCCCACGUCGGCAAUGGCAAUGCCGGCCCUGCAGAAAACCGUGGCAUCAAGCGCCAACGCGCUAGUAUCGCGGACGACGACGAUGAUGAUGAUGAGAAGGGAAGUCGCGAGCGUCGCAAAAUUGAGAUAAAGUUCAUUAGCGACAAGUCGCGUCGUCACAUCACCUUCUCCAAGCGCAAGGCCGGAAUAAUGAAGAAGGCAUACGAGUUGUCUGUUCUGACGGGCACUCAAGUUCUGUUGCUUGUCGUGUCGGAGACUGGGCUUGUGUACACAUUUACCACCCCCAAGCUCCAACCGCUGGUAACCAAGGCGGAGGGAAAGAAUCUCAUCCAGGCUUGCUUGAACGCGCCUGAGCCUACCCAAGGCAACGAGAAUGGCGUCGACGAUUCCAACCAAGUCGAAUCGCCUGAGGAGCCGCCCAAUUCUCACCUGCCCCCUCAGACGAGCCGACCGGGAAUGCCUUCUCAUAUGCCUCCGAACUACGUACCUAACGUACCCAUGGACCCUCAACAAGCCAUGGCGUAUCAAAGUUACAUGCAGCAUCAGCAGCGCGGGCAAUUUGGGCUAGCACAGUCUGGUAUGCCACAGCACACCUCACAUCAAUCGUGACGGUCGCCAUAGUGGCGACAGUAUUGCCUUGCACCUGAUACCCCGAAUUUAAUGCAUUCACGAGGUUCUUUUUUAUUCGAGGCAUUCUGAACACACCUAUAAUUGCAAGGCUUCGGUGGUCCGGCGUUGUUGGGUCAUCGUGACUUAUUUCUUAUUUGUUCUACACAAUGCGACCAUAUUAUUUCCGUACCGAUUUCGACCGUCUUUCGUAUUAUAUCACUUGUCGCUGACCAGAUUUGCGAUUGGUGAUCCUGGGCUUCGACCCAAAUUUUCAGUAUCCAUUAAUUCUUGCUUCAUAUUCCACGGAAUAAACUGAGGCCCAGCUUCGCUAAGCUUAGGGACUUGGUUUCUCACCCUCUCCCGAUCUUCAAUUUCCCGAAUGGUAGUAGGCUU